UUUUUUAAGUUAUAAUGUACGUUACCUUCUCUUUCUCUCUCCUCCAUCUCUGACACUUACCAGUGCAUCAUUGGACUUAAAACUUCAACUCACUCUCAUUGGAGAGAGAGAGAAACAAACCUAGACUUAGAGAGAGAAACUAGAGAGAGAAAAAGUUAUGUAAAUGGGAUGAAUGGUUUUGAAAUGCAGCUGGGUUUUAGUACCCUUUCUUUGCUGCUAAUCCACAAGUUUUAGCAGUUGGUUGUGUUUAAUUAAUGUUUGGUUGAAAAGUAUGGUUUGGAAGUUGGAAGUGGUGUAAUUUACUUUGGGAGUGUAAGGGUUAAUUGUUUCCUGGUAUUCUGGCCUGGGAAAACCUUCAUUACUGGUGUGGAGACCAGCCUCUAGCAAGGUCGAAACCCGCUGCUUGGCUGCUUCUGGCAGCAGUCAUGGGGACUCUAUUGCAUUCAGAGUCGAGGCGGUUGUAUUCGUGGUGGUGGGAUAGCCAUGUUAGCCCCAAGAACUCUAAAUGGCUUCAGGAAAAUCUUAAAGAUAUGGAUUCCAAAGUAAAAGCAAUGAUUAAGCUCAUAGAAGAGGAUGCUGAUUCAUUUGCUAGGAGGGCUGAGAUGUACUAUAAAAAGCGACCUGAGCUUAUGAAACUGGUUGAAGAAUUCUACAGAGCUUAUCGUGCAUUGGCUGAAAGAUAUAACCAUGCCACUGGAGAGCUCCGCCAUGCCCAUAGAACAAUGGCACAAGCUUUUCCUGACCAAUUACCAUUUGCACUAGCUGAUGAUGCAGCCUCGAGUUCUGAGUCAGAGACUUCUGAAACACAUCCAAUUCGGACUACAUUUGAUUCCGAUAAUUUUAAGGGGCACUCAGCUUCCAGUUCACAAGGCAGUGGAACCAGCAGGAAGGGUCUGAAACAGCUUAAUGAUAUGUUCCGUUCAGCUGAAGUUGGGCCAGAAGAGUCAAGUACUGCUGAUAGUAGGCCUGAAGGUGGCCAAAAUUGGCAAGAAAGUGGAACGAAAGAGAGGAGUUCAGGUGGCAUUUUAUCUCAGUUAACUAAGGAGAAUCAGAAGUUGAAGAGCCAGGUUCUUAAUGAAUCUGAGCGAGCAAGUAGAGCUGAAAGUGAACUGGAAAACUUGAGGCAGACCAUUGCUGAGCUUGAAGCUGAAAGAGAUUCUAUAUUCCUUCAGUACCAGCAGAUUCUGGAUAACAUAUCUAGUUUGGAAAAAGAUCUUAAUCAUGCCCAAAAAAGUUCUGGAGAUAUUGAUGGGAUAGUGUCUGAAGCUAAUGUCGAGAUUCAAGCAUUGAGAGAAGCCCUAACAAAAAUGGAAGCUGAACGAGAUUCAAGUCUUGUGCAAUACAGACAAGUUUCAGAAAAUCUAGCUGCUGUUGAAAGUUCACUUUCUCAAGCUUGGGACGAUUCAAAGGGUUUGACUGAGCGGGCUGCUGAAGCAGAACAUGAAUGUCAAAAUUUAAAGCAAGAGCUUGCAACAUUACAAGCUGAGAAAGAAGCUGCUGAGCUUCAGUACAAAGAGUGUCUAGAAAAAAUAGCUGCUCUAGAGAAAAGACUUGCUGAAGCAUUGGAGAGCUUGAAACUACUCAGUGUGCAGUCAGAAAAGGCUGAGAGUGAAGUAAAGUCCUUGAAGGAGGAAGUUGGCAGAGUGAUUGGAGAGAGAGAUGAAGUUGCUCUUCGUUACAAACAGAGCUUGGAAACUAUCUCUAAGCUACAGCUUGAGUUGAGGGAAGCUCAGGCAGAUAAUAUUCGGCUUAAUUCCCAGAUGUUGCUGAAUACUGCUAAACUGAGGGGUGCUGAGGAUAAGUGUGAUCUGUUGGACAAAAUGAAUGAAACUUUACAGUCAGAAGCACAAAAGUUAGUGAUGAAAAUAGCAGCAGCAGACCAUAUACUUUCAGAAAAGGAGACUGAAUUGGAAAAAUUGAAGACCAACUUACAAGAGGAACACUCUCGAUUUGUUCAAGUAGAAGCUACUCUACAUAGUCUUCAGGAUCUACACGCUCAAUCCCAAGACAAGCAGAAUGCUCUUACAUCGGAACUCAAAAAUGGGCUCCAAAUGAUGAAUGACCUUGAGAUAUGCAAACAGGAUCUCGAAGAAGAGGUUCGACGACUGAAGGAUGAAAACCAAACCCUGAAUGAUUUGAAUUCUUCCUCCUCUAUAUCACAAAACAGUCUCCAUGACGAGAUGUUGAGACUAAAAGAAGUCAAAGAAAAACUUGAAGCCGAGGUUAAACAUCAAGCUGAUCAAAGUGAUGCUCUUCAGUUUCAGGUUCACAAUUUAAAAGAAGAAAUCGAGGGCUUGUAUAAGAGAUAUCAAACUCUCAUGUUACAAGUGCAGUCUGUUGGUCUAGAUCCAGAAUGCUUUGCUUCAUCAGUCAAGGACUUGCAAGAUGAGAAUUCGAGGCUUAAGGAUUUGUCUAUAAAGGAUAUGAAUGAUAGAGAAGCUCUUGUAAAAAAGUUGCAAGACAUGGAAGAGCUUCUUAAAAAAAAUGCAGAUUUGGAAUCCUUAUUGUUGGAGGUAAAUGCCGAGCUGCAAAGAUCCAAGGAGAAGGCGCAGGCUCUGAAGGAAUCUUGCCAUGACCUUAAUGAAGACAAGUCAUCCAUGGUUGCUGAAAAAUCUUCCCUUCUUUCCCAGUUACAAUCAAUCACUACAACUAUGCAGAGUCUCUUGGAGAAAAACACCUUGUUGCAUAAUUCCUUCUCAAGUGCGAAUGCUGAGCUGGAAGGUUUACGAGCUAAAUCAAAGGGCUUGGAGGAUUUUUGCCAGCUACUCUCUAGUGAAAAAUCUAAUCUUCUGGAUGAGAGAAGUGGCCUGGUUUCUCGGCUGGAGAUUGUGGAGCAGAAGCUGGAGAAGUUGGAAAUAAGAUUCACAAACUUAGAAGACAAAUACAUGGAUCUUGAAAAGAAGAAAAAAUCGACGCUUAGUCAAGUAGAUGAAUUAAGGAUUUCACUUGAUUUUGAAAAGCAAGAACGUGCAAGUCUUGUGCUGACAAGUGAAUCAAGGUUAUCAGGACUGGAGGGCCGCAUCCAUGAUCUGCAAGAAGAAAACAAGUAUAGGAAGAAGGAAUUUGAGGAGGAGCUAGAGAAAGCUGUCAAUGCUCAGGUUGAGAUUUUCAUUUUGCAGAAAUUUAUUCAAGAUAUGGAAGACAAAAACUACUCGCUUCUGAUUGAGUGCCAGAGACAUAUUGAAGCUAAUAAAGCUUCCGAGAAGCUGAUUACAGAACUAGAGAGUGAGAACAUGAUUCAAGAAGUGGAAGCUGAGUUCUUGUUGGACAAAAUCGGAGCGCUGAGGACAGGAAUCAAUCAAGUUCUGAAGGCACUUGAGAUCAAAUAUGGCAGUGAAAUUGAAGCCGAGCAAAGUUUUGUUCCAUGUAUACUUGCCAGUAUUCGAAACAUCAAACACUCCUUGUCAGAAAGCAAGGAUGAGAAUCAGAAGAUAUUGUUUGAGAAAUCCAUUCUGACAACAAUACUCGGGCAGCUGAAUAUUGAAUGUGCAGAACUUUCAUCCAGGAAGAUCGUUCUUGAGCAGGAGUCUCAAACAUUGGCUCAAAAACUUGUGGUGGUUGAAGACGAGAAACGUCAACUUCUGGAGAGGAGCAGGCAGCUGAGUAUGGAAUUAGAUGAGAGAGAGAAACGGGAAGAAGCCUUGAACGCUAAGGUGGAGGACUUACAUGUGAAGCAAACACAACUACAAGGUGCAUAUGUUUCACUCGAGGAGGAAAAUCUGUCUGUUUUCGACGAAAACAGGUGUUUGCAGGAGGAGUUAUCGCACAUUAAGAUGGAAAAGAACAUCUUAGAAGAGGAAAGUAGUUACAUCAUUGUUGAGGCCCUAGCUUUCAAUUAUCAGUCUAUGAUCUUGAAGAGCUAUGGUAUUGAGAAAUCUUGGAAGUUGGAGGAAGUUUUCGAAGAGAUGAAUUCCCUGGGAAAAGCUUUCAAGGAUCUUGAAAGUAAAUCCAUAAAAUUGGAGGAAAAUCUGUUAGUUAAGGAAAUGGAGAAUGUGGCCCUGAAAGCAUCGAUGAAGGAGUUGGAGGAUAUGCAACUUGAACUCAGUGCUCGUAAUGAUCAGUUGAGACAUGAAAUUUCUGAUGAGAGGGAGUUGGUAAACCAAAAAGAUAGAGAACUUUCAGAAUUUGAGUUAAAGCUUCAAGCAGCAGAUGAUGUAAAUGCAGAAUUGUGCUGUACUGUUCAGUAUCUUGAAAAGGAUUGUGAAAAUUUAGAAGUUACAAGGACAGUUUUACAGCAACAGAUGGAUGAACUCUCCAAAGAUAACAAAUAUCAGGAGAAGGAAAUUGUUUCUCUUCGUGAUGCUAAUGGAAACUUGGAGUCUGAAGUAGGCAAGCUACAUGAAGAGAUAGAAGAAUAUAAGAUAAGAGAAGUGAUCUUGGCCUCAGAGCUGCAUGAAAGAAGUAAUGAAUUUGAACUCUGGGAGGCUGAGGCAGAUUCCUUCUAUUUUGAUCUCCAGAUUUCUUCUGUACGCGAAGUUCUGUUUGAGAACAAGGUUCAUGAUCUGAGCAGCUUAUGUGUGUGCCUUGAAGAUGUAAGCAAUCAAAGAAGUUUGGAGGUCGAGACUAUGAAACAAAGAGUUACCUCACUUGAAAGUGAAGCCGAGGCUCUCAGAUCCCAGCUUACUACAUGCCUACCACUUAUAGCCUCUCUUAAGGAUAGCGUUGCGUUGCUCGAGAAAAAUCCACUCAUGCAGUCUAAGCUACAUACUGCUUCCACUACAGAAACACAAGGAAUUUUGGACCAGACAGAGGAAAGUUCAGCAUCUUCAAGUAGCUAUUUUGAGCUGCGGAAACUGCAGGACAGAAUCAAGGUGAUAGAAGACAUAUUGCAAAAAGAAAAGGAAUUGGUUGCCAUGCAGGAAAAAUCAAAUAACAAUGUCAGACUUGAAGCUGCAUUUAAAGAGAUUAAAGAACUAAAAUCAAGAAUUAACUCUCACUACCAGGAGGAGCAUCGGCGCAGUGGCCGGGUAUCCAUAUCGGAAACUUGUGAAAUCAGAAGUGGGGAAGAGAUGAAGGAUAUACCUCUUGACCAAGCAUCAGGCCGUUCAUUCCAGAGCGUCAGUAAGAGAGGCAGUGCUGUAUCUGAUGAUCAGAUGCUUGGGCUAUGGGAAGCUGCAGAAGAAGAUAGCUGCCAUGAUCAAGUGAUCGGUGAAGUGCUCGAACAAGGAACUGAUACCAUCGACGAUGAAAUUGUGAACCAAUCUAGUUUGAAUCCGACUCCGGAAUCACAAUUUGAGAAAGAAUUAGGAGUUGAUAGGCUAGAACUGUCAAAUAGAGGUGCUCAGUUGACUAGAAAAGGAACGAAGAAAAAGGUUUUGGAGAGACUUUCUUCUGAUGCACAGAAGUUGACAGGCUUACAGGUUUCGGUCCAAGAAUUAAAGAAAACAAUGGAGCCAAAGAAGAGAAGGAAGAAAGGUGAAGAUGCUGAUUACGACACUUUCAGGGGGCAAUUACAGGAUGUGGAGAAUUCUGUCGUCCACUUAAUGGAUGUCAAUGCUGAGUUGAUUAGGUGCAUCGAGGAACGCUCAGUCACUACAGAGGUGAGGGGUGAGAGAAUAUCAGAAGAGGCUGAGAGUACCUGGCAAAAGAGAGUCUCGGAGCAAGUACGGAAGGAGGCAGAAAAUAUUGGGAAAUUGGAGGUAGAGAUGCAGAGAAUGCAGUACGUGCUGCAGAGGCUGAAGGACGAAAAGAAGAGCAAAGGCAAAGAGAAUGGUUCCAGAAGCAGUGCAUCAGUUGUGUUGAGGGAGUUUUUUUACAGUCGCGUGCGCAAGAAUAAAAAGCAAAAGAAACCCCGUUUCUGUGGCUGCUUGAGACCUACAGCUACGAAAAACUGAGGCAGUCUUGUGAAAUAUAUCUUGUUCAGCUUGGUUGAGCAUUUUACUCGAGCUCCUAGAGUCGCUGCUCACUCUACGUUGCAGGAUCAGUCCUUUUUUGUUGGGAUCCCCUGCAAUUUUUAGGAUUAGAGUCAGGAAACAUUCUGAUCUAAUUGUAUUAGAUUCUGAACAACUUUUAAUUCCUAGUUUAUGAUUGAGUGUUGUAGCAAUUGAAACUCCCCUAAUGUAUGACUUUUGUAUUUCUACCCCUGAUUUUACAUACUAAUAUCAUUGUUCAGUAUAUGAAUAAAGGGGAUAAUGAACAGCCUAAUUUAUGUGUGUUGUGCUGCAAAAAGCCUGUAUCAGGGCCUGUUCACAUUUA